CCUUCGAUUAUUACGUUCGGCACCCGACUACCCUCUUGGGUGUGUAGAUAAUAUUACGUUAGCGUAGUAAUUUUUAUUAUUUAAAAGGAUGUAUACUCAAAUCAUUCACAUACACCGAUGUUUCACAGCCAUUGUUCUGGUGAAGAGAAAAAUAUGCUAUCGCGCUCACUUCAAUCGCGAAUAAGCCGACGUCGCGGUUAAAACACGCAACUUCCUGCACCCUGCACCGGAUCGUCUACAACGCGAAAUCGUACGCCGCGGCAGUGUGAAUACACUGCAGUUAUCUAUGUGAUUCGAUAAACGAUUGUUGUAGUAUUGUCCUUCAAAGGCAAAUUUUUUAAGGAAUGAUCAUAUACUUGUUAGAUAUCUCAAUAGUUUUGAUGAGUAUUUUACAAGGUACAUCGUGUAUAAAUUGCUUUAAAUGUUCAUCUUUGAAUGGAAGUAAUAAAAAUUGUGAAGACCCAUUUAACCCAGCAAUGUCCACAUACAUAGAAAAGUGCAUGGUUCCAAAAAGAGGUCAUAUAGGAAUGUUUCCAGCAAAUUUUUGUACUAAAAUCGUUGGAACAAAUACGAAAACCUCUGAAAUGAUGGUCAUCAGACAAUGUGCCAUGAAAACUAUGGACUCUCAGUGCGGUAAAUUCAAAUACCAAGAUCAUACCAUGGAUGGUUGUAUUCUCACCUGUGAUUUCGACGGGUGUAAUUCAGGACAAAAUAAUAAGCCUAACAAUGUGUUACAAAUUACGCUUUCUGCGCUGCUAUUAAUAAUAAUAUCGUACUAUAUCAACAAAACUAUUGAAUGUUUUCAAAUUACUUAGAAUAACUAUUUGACAAAAACUCAAAUAUUUAGCUUUUCAAUGUAUAUUUUAUAAUUUAUUGUUAAGUAAU